GUUGGGGAGAAUGGCGGUUUAUUCGCCUAAAAAAAGACCAAGGUGAUUUGCUUAUUUUACGGAGUGAUAAUGAGAGAGAGGAAGUUUUGGUCGUUUUUGGUGAAAUACUAAGCAGGGAAUGGUGA